GCACGAGCAGCCGCUGAACAGUCCGGACCGCGUCAUUUUUCGCUUAACUGGAAUCGGCGUCAGCACCUCCACCACCGCCACCCUCGGCACUUUUGAUUGGCUGUCUUUUGCCUGGGAGGCUUCCAACAACGCUUCCGCGAUUGGUUGGAUGAUAGAUGGGAGGGUUCGCGACAACCAAUGAAAUGGCCAAGAGGUCGCCGCUCGUAAUCAGUCAAUGUCGCAACCUCGUCCGGAUCCUGGGAUUACCACUCUUGCCUCACCUUUUCCACCUAUGAACACAUUGACAUUGAAAAAAUAUUUGUUAAACGAACUAGUUGUUGUCUUAGCCUCCUACACGAAACUGUGAGCCUCUUGAGAGCGGAAACCCGGUUGACUGGGUCUUCUAGCAUCAGAGCCCUAGUGAAUACAUCGUUCCUGAGCUCAAGAACGUUGAGGUGGGCCAACAGUGGCCGGAGGAGAGAAGACUGGCUGCUCUGGUGGUUGAGCUGGUGGAGUGGCUGUGUUGGAAGCAUCUGCAUCCCAGAGUUUGCCAGGACCAAGGAUGGAGCCCGCAUCCCAAGAUCCAGAUGUGGGCCAGCUGGACCACCGAGCCAGCAGGAGGUGCCUGGAUCCUGCCUGAGAGAACCAGCUGCGUGGCCGGACCAGCUCAUGUUACCAUCACCUUUACCACUUGUGGAACUGUGGCUAAAACGGGCAGGAGAGGCUUGCUGGGCACACAGAGGUCACCAGGAGGGAAAGCCUGCUGAACACGAACACAGUUUCUAGCAGUUACCCACAGCCUCCAAGUUAAAAGAAGACUUUAUGGAUCCUUAAAUUAGCAGGACCCAGGAGAUCCACUAAGGACUGUCCAGGAAGAGUCCUCCUUGUACAGAGGAGCUGCCUGGAGCUGCGAUGGAGGAGGGAGCUGGGGAGGCACCAGGGCUGGGCAGGUCUGCUGCUUCUAAGGAUUUCCGCUUCUAUCACAUGGAUCUGUAUGACUCUGAAGACAGACUGCAGAUCUUCCCAGAAGAGAGUACUCGGAUGAGAAGAGAAGGUGUCCAAGCUGAAAUGACCCAUGAGCCCAUGAGAGGGGGCGUGAAAGGGAAGGCUCAGAGAGACCUUGGAGAGGAAGUGGAUGAACUUGUCCAUCUCUAUGGACUUGAAGAUGAUCACGAAUUAGGGGAUGAGUUUAUUGAGGAAAACACACCCAGAAUAGAGGUUUCAGAAUAUCCUUCUUAUAUGAUGAUGGGGAGUGAGCAGAGAGACUGGAGACUUACUGGUGAGGCGGCUCAGGGUGAGGACCUGGGCUUCAUGGGCUGGGGCUCAGUAGGCCAGUGCCAGGACUUGCGGGAAGCCUAUAGGUACAGCCACGGCCGUGCCAGCGAGGAGUAUGAGUGCUACGUCAUCCCAGAGGAGGAGGACGAGGAAGAAGCAGCUGACGUCUUCUGUGUCACUUGCAAAACUCCAAUAAGAGCAUCAGAGAAGGAUCAGGAUGAACACAAGCAGCAUGAGGUGACCCCGCUCAGUAAAGCCCUGGAGAGCGCCAAGGAUGAAAUUCACAAAAAUAUGUACAAGUUGGAAAAGCAAAUUAUUGAGAUGGAAAACUUUGCAAGUCACUUAGAAGAGGUUUUCAUCACGGUGGAGGAGAAUUUUGGAAGACAAGAACAAAACUUUGAGUCUCAUUACAACGAGAUCUUGGAAACACUUUCUCAAAAAUAUGAAGAAAAAAUACAAGCUCUAGGGGAGAAAAAGAAAGAGAAGCUGGAAGCCUUGUAUGGACAGCUGGUCAACUGUGGAGAAAAUCUUGACACCUGCAAAGAGCUGAUGGAAACAAUAGAGGAGAUGUGUCACGAAGAGAAGGUUGAUUUCAUAAAGGAUGCUGUGGCUAUGGCUGACAGACUCGGAAAAUUCCUGCAAACAAAAACAGAUGUGGAGAUCUCAGCGCAGCCUGACUUUGAAGACCAGACCUUGGAUUUCUCUGAUGUGGAGGAGCUGAUGGGCUCCAUUAACACCAUCCCAGCUCCUUCUGCUCCAGUGAUAAACCCACAGGCCCCUAACUCAGCCACGGGUUCCUCAGUCCGAGUGUGUUGGAGCUUGUACUCCGAUGACACCGUGGAGAGCUAUCGGCUGUCCUACCGGCCAGUGCAGGAUGGCUCGCCUGGGAAGGAGCAAACAGAGUUUACAAUGACUGUCAAAGAAACAUACUGCUCAGUGACAAACCUGUUGCCAAACACGCAGUAUGAAUUUUGGGUCACAGCUCAGAACAGGGCCGGCCUCAGCCCCACCAGUGAGCGUGCGGUGUACAUGACAGCGCCUUGUCCCCCCAUUAUAAAAAGCAAAGAGAUAAGGAGCUGCGAGGAGGCUGCGCUCAUCUCCUGGGAGUCUGGAAACCUGAACCCUGUGGACUCAUACACGGUGGAGCUGAGCCAGGCAGAGACGCCGGGGGCCUCGGGUGUAACUGAGUCCGUUGUGGGCAUUCCGACCUGCGAGUGCCUGGUGCAGCUGCAGCCCCGACAGAACUACACCAUCAAUGUGAGAGCCCUCAACGUGGGCGGCCCCAGCGCAAGGAGUGAGCCCGCUACCGUCCACACCACAGGCAGCUACUUCCCCCUGAACGAGCACACCUGCCAUCCCUGGCUGACUGUAUCCGAAGAUGGGCUCACAGUUGUGCGAAGCGAGAGCAGAGGCCCCACCAGGGAGCCAGUCCCCAGCGACACCCAGUUUACCAGGUGUGCUGCAGUCAUGGGAAACCUGAUUCCAGUCCGAGGGCGCCAUUACUGGGAGGUGGAGGUGGACGAGUGUUUGGACUACACGGUGGGUGUGGCCUUUGAAGAUGUCCCCAGACAGGAGGACCUGGGGGCAAACCGCCUCUCGUGGUGCAUGAGGCACACAUUUUCGUCAUCAGGGCAUAAGUAUGAAUUUCUACACAACAAGAUGACUCCAGACAUAAGAAUAACGGUUCCCCCAAAGAAGAUUGGUAUUCUGUUAGACUAUGAAAAUGCAAAGUUGUCAUUUUUCAAUGUGGACAUUUCUCAGCAUCUGUAUACAUUCAGCUGUCAGCUUCACCAGUUUGUGCAUCCUUGUUUUUCCCUGGAAAAGCCUGGCUGCCUGAAGAUACACAACGGUAUCUCGAUGCCAGAGCAUGUCACUUUCUAUUAGUCCACUCCGCUUGUCUCUCUUUGGUACCUACCCCUCUCCCAGCCACUCACACCUCAGCUGCCUGAACUUGGCGUUCAAGCACCGUGCACGUCACUUAUGGCUCAUGUUAUCUGGCAGACUGGCGUGCUGGCGUUCAUUUCACCUGAUUGGAUUCUGGGCACUGCCAUCUGUGUGAGGCCAGGUUCCUCAGUCCUAGUCCUGGCUCUAAAAUGAAGGCUCAAACUAAACUCAAAGGUCUUUAAGGUUGUCAAACUGCAUUGGUCUAUUUGUGUAUAUGAAAAGUAUCUGAGUCCCCAAGGCCUGUGGAGCUUGGAGGAGGAGAGAAGAUUCAUGUUAGUGGCUCUGGCUGCCCCAGCACCUGUGACAUCUCAUUUGUUGGCCAAGAACUGGCUUGAGAAGAGGCCAUCUGCAAAGAGAACCAGGGAAGCCGUAUGCUCUUCUCAGCAGCGUUCUCGUUUUCCCAGUGGUCAGUGGCAGUCUGAGUGGUGAGGUUUCUCCCAUCAAGUACUUUCUAAAAACCUGUUCCUCUCCUUCAUGGUAUUUAUGUUCUCUAAUUUUGAAGUGACUUUUGUAAUGCCUGACUCCACAGAGGCAAGACAGUGUCUGUCUUGUUCAGCACUCAGUCCCUGAGGGCUGACACGUGCACAGAAUAUCUGUUGAAUAAAAGAGCUUCUUUUUCAUCCA